AAGACACAAGUAACCAAAAUGACAUAGUUUAGGACUUAUAUAGCCACCACUUAUAAUACAUGACUUUAGGGGUCAAAACCCAUUGAAAAGACAAAACAACCCUUACUUAUAACUAAAUAAAAAAAAAAAAAAAACUAAAAUAAAUCUUAACUUACAAAAUAUAAAAUAAAACAAAAUAAAAAUCUGGAAUUUGACUUAACAAUUAAAAAGAAAAAAAAGAAAGGAAAAAGCCCUAAAGAAAUUAAAUCUCCCUGCGCUUCUUCUUCUUCCUCAAAUCAAAUCUUUUGUGCUUCUUCUUCUUCCAAUGAAUCACCAGCGGAAUCUUCUUCCAAAUCUUUUGACUUUCCCUUCUUGCGGAAACGAAAUCUCCACCUGCGGCGGCGACCUUCCUCUCUAGCGCAGCGGCGGUGACGAGCUUCCUCUCCAGCGGCAGCGACAGCAGCAGCAGCGACCCUGCCUAGGGUUUUUGCGGAACGGCGGCGGCGACUCGGCGGACUCCAGCGCAGCGGCGGCAACGAGCUUCCUCUCCAGCGGCAGCGACAGCAGCAGCAGCGACCCUGCCUAGGGUUUCUGCGGAACGGCGGCGGCGACUCGGCGGACUCCAGCGCAGCGGCGGCGACAAGCUUCCUCUCCAGCACAGCGGCAGCGACGAGCUUCCUCUUAGGCUUAACUAUCCUCUCUCACUCUCCAAAAAACUUGCGAAAAAGAAUGUCUGAGCAGCAGAGUAAUCCUCCUACGGAAGCAGAGCAAGCCACCACUUCCGCCGGAAGACCAUCAGCGGCGGCGGAAGACGAGCAACAACUAGAAGUGCCUUCGGACAGUAGAAUAGAUGAAGUGAGUUAUGAAUUUUUUUUCUUAGUUGCAGUUAGGUUAUUACUCGUUCAAUUACAUUUGGGAGUUCUAAUUUGAGUAUUUGAUGUUGUUUUGAUGAUAUGUGUUACAAUGUAUGUGGUUUUUGAAUUGAUUUAUAUUGCAAAUUUGCAAUUGAUCCAGUGAAAUUGGUUAUACACACUUGAUUACACAAUUGGUGCAUUAGGGCAUCACCGAGGGGCUGUCGACAAGCAGUACUUGUCUCAGUAUAGGCUUCGUGUUGUCGUCGGAUAUUUUCUGUUACUGUUUGAUAUUUACAUAUUUAGAUGGUAUUGCAUAGUGAGUUUGAAAAACUCCACGGACCAAAGCCGAGUGGAGUUCAUAUUGGUGUGAAAAGCCUAUACAAUUAUUGGACUCCACCGAAGGGAUUGGUGACAGACGUGAGUGAAUGGGGGAAGGCGAAACAGGUCAUUAUCAUAUGUAAUGUCGGUCGUCGUCAUUGGGUCAUCGUCCGUGUACUAUUGCACGAAUGGAUUGUAGAGUUGUACGAUUCUUUGGCCUUCAAGUACGACACUGAGGUCGGGGUUUCAUUAGCCGCUCGGACUUCGGAAUUGAAGCUUAUUACUCGUCUUCUUCCCCGACUCUUGAGAAAGGCAGGUUACUGGCAGCAUCACGAUUCCAGACUGGAGCAACUGUACGAGAUUUCAUUGACCGUGAUGCCUUCGCGUGAUCAAUUUUUUCAGACGGACUCGGUUAGUUGCGGCCCCUUUUGCACCAUGAUACUUGAUCGUCUCUUGACGCGCACAAAGCAUCACUGAGGGGCUAUCGACGAGACGUACUUGUCCCAGUAUAGGCAUCGUGUUGCUCGUCGGAUAUUUUCUCUUACUAUUUGAUAUUUAGAUUGGAUGUUGAACUCUGCUUUGGAUUGUGGGCUGUUUUUGUGUACGUA